AUGCCUCCCUUGCUCCCCCCCCUCCCUGGGGUUCCCUCCCCUCUGCCCCCCCCAGUGUCCCCGACACUUCGGGCAGUUUCCUCGGUAAUGUCAUACCCCGUGUCACCUCCUCCUCCUUCUUCCCCCACCCUGGACUUCGUCCUUGAUAGUGGGGCCACUGAAACCGCACUAAAGGACGCAGGUACUCUCACCCCCCUUCCACUUCCCUCUCAGGUUCAUGGAGCUGAUUCCAGUUUUUCCAUCCCUUGCACUCAUCUCUCCACCCUCCCCUGCACUGCCUUCCCCUCCGGUAAAGUCACAGGCCUCCACAUCCCCACUCUCCGCAACAACCUCAUCUCCCACCGUGAGCUCCAAGGUGUUGGUAUCACUGCCAUCUACCCUGGUUAUGCCAAUUACUGUGACCUCUACCAGACUUCCUCUGGCCGCUUCCUCCUCCGCAUCCCACUCUGCCCUUGCACUCGCCUCUACACACUCCGCACACCUCGCCCAUCCUACUGCCACGUAUCCUCUCCCUCCCAGCCGUCCUCCUCCUCCCCUCCCGUCCCCUCCAUCACCCCAUCUCCCUCCUCCUCCACUACCCUCUCGCACCCUGCCGUUCUCUUACACCACAGACUCGGCCAUCCCAACUUCACCGCCCUUCGCACCACAGUCACCUCCCGCCUCCUCCGCAGCCUUCCUCCCGUCUUACCCCCGCUUCCCUCCUCCCCCUCUCCCCCAUGCUCUUCAUGCAUUCACGGCAAGCUCAAGCAGUCACCCCACCACAGUCAUCCCACCUUCGCCGCCGCCCCCAUCGACCUUGUCCACAUGGACCUCUGGGGCCCCUAUCCCAUCCGCUCCCGCCAGGGGCACCGGUACAUGCUCGUCCUCGUUGACGACCACAGCCGGUACUCCACCACCUUCUUUCUUCAUACGAAAGACCAGGUGCCGGCAGUGGUCAUCAACUGGGCCGAGCUGUGCCGCAAUCACUUCAAACGCCCCAUUGGCCGCCUUCACUCUGACGGUGGGGGUGAGUUCAUCAAUAACACUCUCGCCACAUACUGCAAAACCUACGGUAUCCAACAGACCUCCACUCUUCCCCAUUCCCCUCAGCAGAACGGCAUUGCCGAGAGCCGCAUUCGUGAGAUCACCAAGAUAGCUCGCUGUCUCAUUGCUCAUGCCUCCACCCCGCCUUCCCUCUGGAGCUAUGCCCUUCUCCACGCCGCCCUUCUCCUUAAUCUCCGCUCCCAUCCUCAGCACCCUUCCUCCUCCCCCACAGAGCUUUGGUCCAACACCAAACCUGACGCUGCCGGCCUUCGAGUUUGGGGAUGCAAGGCCUACGUUCUCAUUCCACCCGCCGAUCGCUCCCGCGCCGCUGGCAAACUUGCUCCCCGUGCCCUGGAAUGUGUCUACCUUGGGCACAACCGCGACUCCCCAGGCUACCUCUUCCUCCACCCUCCUACCAAUCGCCUCAUCCGCAGCAGCGACGUCGUCUUCGACGAGUCCGUCCCCUAUUACUCCACUCCUCCCCCUGAUCCUCUCCCUCCUCCUACUCGCCCUCUCGCCUGGACCGACACCGUCCUCCCGCCUCUCCUCCCCCCCGCUCCCCUCCUCCCACCUGUCGCCGCUCCACUCCCGCCUCCCUCCUCUGCCGACGUCUACGACCCCGCUGCACCCGCCUCCCCCGCCCACUCAGCUGCACCCCCUCCCUCCCCUCCCUCCUCCCAUCACUCUCCCGCCCUUCCGCAACAGCAGCAGCAGCCGGGGCAGCAGCAGCAGCAGCCGGGGCAGCAGCAGCAGCAGCAGCCGGGGCAGCAGCAGCAGCAGCCGGAGCAGCAGCAGCAGCAGCAGCCGGAGCAGCAGCAGCAGCAGCAGCAGCAGCCGGGGCAGCAGCAGCAGCAGCCGGUGCAGCAGCAACGGCAGCAGCAGCAGCAGCAACGGCAGCAGCAACAGCAGCAGCGGCCUCAGCAGGGGCAGCAACCCCAUCGCCCGCAGCGACAGCGCGCCACCUCCCACUCCUCCCCCUUUCUCCUUCCCCGCAUGCACACCCGAUCUCUGGAUCCCAUCCUUGGGACCCCUCCUCCUCCUUCCCUGCAACUCCUUGAGGACUCUCACGAGGAGUUCCUCGCCAUCCAGCAGCACACUCCGUUCAUAGCCACCCUCUUUCUUGACUUCCUUGGCUUCCCCGUCCUCGGCGCCACCUCCACCCCCACCAUCUUCACUCCCUCCACUUUCCAAGAGGCCAUCACAUGCCCUGACGCGGACAAGUGGAUAGCAGCAAUCUUCCAGGAGUGCGAGGCGUUUAUCCGCAACGACUCCUUCGUCGACGUUCCCCUCCCUGACGGUGCCAAUCUUGUCGAGGGCAAGUGGGUCUUUCGGGUGAAGCAACUGCCGGACGAGGAACCGGUCUACAAGGCCCGCUACUGCGCCAAGGGCUUUACACAGACACAUGGGGAGGAUUUUUGGUUCACUUACGCCCCCACCGCCAAACCCCCCACCCUUCGCGCAACCCUCGACGUUGGUGCGCGUGAUAACAUGGAGAUCGACUGCAUGGACGUCUCCAAUGCGUUCCUACAGGGCGACCUGCAUGAGCGCAUUUUCCUCCGCCGGCCACCUGGGUUCCACGCAGCCUUCCCUGAGAACACUGUCUGGCAGCUGCGUCGCCCUGUCUACGGCUUGAAGCAGGCGCCGCGCGAGUGGCAUGCAAAGCUGGCUGCCACCUUAGGGUCACUCGGCUUCUCUCCCUCCCACUCCGACGCCAGCCUCUUCAUCCGCUCCUCCCCUCGCCGCUUCUUCAUCCUGGUGUACGUGGAUGACAUGAUCCUGCUCUCUGACACGAAGGCCGACAUGGAGCAGAUGAAGCAGUCCCUGCAGCAGCGUCUCAAGUGCAAAGAUCUUGGAGCCCUCACCCACUACCUGGGCAUGGCUAUCACUCGUGACCGCUCUGCUCGCACCAUCACCCUCUCCCAGUCCCAUUACAUCGGCCAGAUCUUGGAGAAGUUCGACAUGGCGCAGGCCAAGCCCGUCUCCACCCCCCUCCCCUUCGGCCACCAACUCGCCCCACCCACCUCUCCCACCUCCUCCCCUCACCCCUAUGCCGAGCUCGUUGGGUCCCUGAUGUACGCGAUGAUGUGCACCCGCCCCGACCUCGCCUAUCCCAUCAGCGUGCUCGCUCGCUUCGUCGGCACCGGCCGCCACAGUGAGGAGCACUGGAAGGCGGCCAAGCGGGUCCUCCGCUACCUUCGAGGGACCAAGGACCUUGCCCUCACCCUUGGCGGUUCUUCCCCUCCUCUCCUCUCGGGCUUCAGCGACUCCUCCUGGGCCGACACGCAGCCGGACCGCCGCUCCUCCCAGGGCUACGGCUUCACCCUUGGCAGCGGCCUCAUCAGCUGGCGCUCCACCCGCUCCUCCGCCAUCUCUCUCUCCACCUGCGAGGCCGAGCUCUACGCCGGCACCAUGGCCGCUCAGGAGUCCCGCUGGCUCUGCUUCCUCCUUGCCGAGCUCGGCGCUCCCCAGACAUGCCCCACUCUCUGGUGCGACAAUGCCAGCACCAUCCAUCUCACUGAGGACCCUGUCUACCAUGCCCGCUCCAAGCACAUCGAGCUCCGCUAUUUCUUCAUUCGCGAGCUUGUCCAGAAGGGUCUCAUUGCCGUUCGCAAAAUUGCGACCGAGGCCAACCUGGCCGACAUUUUUACCAAGGCCCUCCUUCGCCCUGCGCACUCCGCUUUCCUCCGCCUCAUCGGCCUCGCUCGCCCGGGCGCUCCUUGA